AAUUCUCAUUAUUUCACAGACUGACUUACUUGUACUGUAUAUCGCAAUUCAGUGACUUAUUUGGUGCAGUUUAAUUGAGAUUAUGUCUGGAGACCUGGACGAGAAAGAAGUGAGGAAGCCUCCAAGAAAACAGUGGAAAACCUACGAUGGUCCGAGAAGCUCCCUGCACCGUCUGCGAUCUCAAGUGGCGGAGACUGGGGACUUGGCAUCUCAGGUUGCUCUGGCCAAGCAGCUCAUUGGGGAAGUGGAAGAGUUGCGGAGAUUAUUUGACGGGGACGACCCUGUUGCAUCCUCGCCGCCUCAGGAGCUGCAAUCGAGUCAGGAAACAGCGGAAUUGGGCGUCUACUGGCUUUUGAAGGCUGCUGAACAGGGUCACGCUGAGGCCACGGAUUUGUUGAAGCGGUGCUUGGACGCGGGUUUGGGCAUCACGCAACAUAAUUACGUUGACGUCACCAAAUGUCUUGAGAGGCCUUUGCUGGAACGCGUUGCGAACCGAGCUGCCAUCGAGCUUUUCAAGAAUGUUUCGAAAGGAGAGGAAUAUGUGACAACGAAUCAGCUGAAAGUUCGCAUCAAAUCGGUGCAAGCCAGGAAGAAGAUGGCGCCUCCUCUGAAACGUAGCAUGUCCCUGGACACAAACCCUGAUGCAAGCUCUCUGGAAGAAGAAUUCGGCGGGGAGAAGUUAUCCGAAGAAAACCUCCGUAGUGCGGCGCGUUCUUAUGCCCGCGGCGAACUCCCGGUGUUUCAGAACGCCCUUGCGACCAAAGAUGCCAAAUUUUCUGUGACUAAAGCUUAUGCUGCGGUAGUCGAGGAAUUUUCGAGCCGGGCCAACAGAGCCGUUGUCAACCUGUUGCCUCUGGAUCAGCUGAGAACCGUCUUGAUCCUUGUUGUGUUCGCUACGAUGCGCUGGGACGUGAUCGCUCAUCUCAUACCUAUUUUUGUGUUCUAUGUUUCGCUGGUGUUUGCGGUGGGAGCCAAUUGCCAAAUGCUACAGGCUAGUGCGGAUUUCAAGCGCUUCAAGAUCUGGUCCCGCUUGUUCCGCGACGCAUGUCCCGAACUGGAAACACAGGAGCCCGAGUUGCGUUUCGUUGCGAACCGAGCCAAAGACGCUGCACCACGUUUCUUUGCCUCUUUGCUCAUUAGUGUGGCAGUCAAGCCUCUGGUGGACCCAGCUUGGAUGCCUGGUUCAGAAUUGGUCAUCCUCGGGGUCGUUUUUUGCAUUUGGUCAUUUGCGACUCUGUGUAAGGCAACUGAUGGCUUGGUCUUGGGAGCUACCGGGCUGCACUUGCUGUCUAUUUAUCUGGCCGGGGAAGGGUUGUAUCAACGUGGUCCCGGCAUCUUCGCAUUUUUUGGCAAAUAUUUUUAUCGCUGGAGAAUAACUUCGGAAGUUUACGUAAAUCUCCAGCUGCCACAUGGCCUCAUCAUCACCUCCUUGGCCGUCAUCUACGUGGCAAUGUGCAAACGCAACAACGGGGCCGGUUUCUACACAACUUUGGUCCCACAUCUCGUAUCAAUUUCUUGGUGUCGUUUUGCCGCCGCUUCUCUCACCGAUGCCACGUAUGUCGGGCUGAUCCGCUCAACCAUGACGUUAAUCGGACUCGUGUUCCUCAUCCCGGUGUCAUGGCUCAACGUGAAUCUCUUCUUCGUCUCCGUGGCCGCUGCUCUGGGCUGUCUUCCUUUCCUGGCUCUCUCCAAAUUCAUCAUGGUCGAAGAGUUGUUGUUGGAGUCUACUCUAGUGAUUGGGCUUUGCUUAAUGCUCGCCGUGAUGCACUGGGUGCAACGAGACGGGAGUCUGUCGUUUAGCAAGUCGCGGGCAAUUUUGAAGGGAUUCGUGGUUGUCUUGGCGUGUCUGAUGGCGUUCCAGUGCGCCAAAGGAUUGGCGUUGCGGUUCUGGGGAGAAGACGUGUGGAAGACUGGGGAUAAGGUGUCCAUCAGUUGGGAGAGGUACAGUCGGAUCUGCGUUGACCCUGUGAAGGACGGAUUGAUGACUGAGGCACGCACGCAGAAGGAGUGCACUCUGCUUGAAGGAUGCCAGUGA